UAGUGCAGUCAGCUCCUGCAUUGGAAGACUGAAGGGGACUUUUUCAUACCAGGAAUUAUUCUUAUCAACAAUUUUCUCCAACAUGACCUCUAAUUCAAAUGUAUCCAACAUGCGACGGCUGGUCGAACAACUGAAGCUGGAGGCCAGUGUGGAGAGAAUCAAGGUGUCCCAGGCGGCUGCAGAGCUCCAGCAGUACUGUCUGCAGAACGCGGGCAAAGACGCGCUGCUGGUGGGCGUCCCCACCGGCAGCAACCCCUUCAGGGAGCCGCGCUCCUGUGCUGUCGUGUGAAGGAAGAGGAUCUUUGUUGUCUCACUGACAGAAGAAACAUAUUAAAUUGUGUCUGUAACUAUUUUUAUUCAUAUUUUUUCAAAUAAAUGUCUUGUUUUACAAUACAAUUUUCGUCUUUAAAUUAAAAUCAAAAGAAAUUAAAGGGCAUUGCAGAAACCUAGUGUGUCUCAGUCCUGGUUUAGAUGACCUUUGGGAGCUGAUGUUGCACACGUAUGUUCUCCCUUUCCUACAGGAGACAGUCUAAAAGUAAUUAUCUAUGGAUUUUACAAAGAGGAUGUUUAUAGCCGGGUUUUAAAUCACGCCUUGGAAUCUCUGGGUGUCGAAGCUUCCUGAUGUUCAGUCCAAGUUAGAAACACAGCCAGAGAGAGGAAACAUACGACUUCCUGUCCAGAGCUGCAAAGACACUCACACACGUCACUCAGCCUUUGAGCUCUUAACCCUUGUGUUGCCUUAGGGUCAUUUUGACCCGAAUCAAUAUUACACCCUCCCCCCGCCUUUGGGUCAUUUUGACCCGAUUCAAUGUUUCACCCUCCUGUUACCUUUAUAUUUACUAACAUAUUUUACCCUUUGGGUUCAAUUUGAUGCCAGCAAUUAAAACCUCCAGAAAAUUAUUAGAAUUAAUAUUGUUUUCCAAGUUUAAGUGUGAGGCACUUUAUGUUUGUUUGUUGACUACCGAAAGAACACCGACAUUAAACAUUGAAUGGGGUCAAAUUAAUCCUAAAGCGGGGGGAGGGUGUAAUAUUGAUUCGGGUCAAAAUGACCCUAAGGCAACACAAGGGUUAAACAUUGUGUAUCCUUACUCACAAGCUCAAGGCCAUGCUAAUGAAUAAGACAUGAAUCACCAGAGUGUGGGAAUAGGAUAAUAUGAAUCAUGUUUUAUUUAUAGAUGUUAAGAUAUGUGUUUAUUUGAUUUAUUCACCGAUAUUCUGUAUAAAAAUCCAACUUAUAUGUAUUUGUAGAAGGAAACAAUGGCCCUUGAGCCUGAAAGAGGUCGAGCUAAUCAUGAGACGCUCUCCAAGUUGUCAUUUCCUUUUCCUCUCUUGUUCCCGGAUGAGUCUCAAUAAUUUUCCUUUUUCAAUGUCCUUUCCUAACAUCCUUUGUUUGAACGUAGUGUGGCCUGUAAAGGUGGCGGUGGUUUUAUACCCAACACUAACAUUACAAACAUUGUUAACAUGUUAUUUAGAUUGAUGAUUCUGCUGUUGCAAGCAGCAGCCAGGGGCCCCAAGAUAAGACCCAGGGCCACACAGUAAUUAGUACUGAAAAGUAUACUUGCAUGUACUUAAGUACAACUUCAGUGUGUGCUAUUUUAGUACAACAAUGCAUGAAAGGCAACAAGUAAAUUAUAGCCAUACAAUUAAUCCACAGUGAUGUCAAACAGACAGUGCUCCAUGUUUGACAAGCUGGACGGAUAUUGUAUUAUGGGAUGGAUGUAUUUGUCUUCAUAUUAGUUCAUAGUAAAUAUGCGAGUAUUUCACCAGGAAUGUGUAUUUCUGCAUCAUUACUGUUUUUUUUAUUGCACGAACAUUUUUAACAAUAUAUAUAUGAAUUUUGAAAUAAUUACAUAUUUUCUUAUUUCCACUUGUAUUAUUAAAAACAAUUGUAUUUCUUUUUUUAUUCAUGACUUAUGUGAUUUUUAGUGUGUAAAUAUCUGUCUGUAAAAUACAUUUUACUGCUUUUUGGGAGUCUAGAGAAAAAAUAAAAGACAGCCUUUAAAAAGUA